UGUAUACAGAGACGGUUAGUGGACGCCGGAAAUGACGUAAUUUCAAUUUGAUCCCCGUUAAAAAAAAAUGCUGUAUAACUGUUGUUCAUAACGUCUGAAAAUUCACGAGCGAGAUGCACCCAAAUGAACUCAUACUCCGCCUGGUGGUGAAUAAAUCUUAUGUCCAUGGAAUAGCCUAUGCUAUGAUGUGAAGACCUGGCAGGUGUCCAUCAGAUUAUCAUCAACUCUCUUCACAAAGAAGGGCUCCAUCUCAGUCAUCAGUGCUGUAUUCUAGCAUAAUCAUGGAAAGUUCAGAGAAGGUGUCCUAACUAUACAGCAUCUGCAGAACAACUACAGAGAAUACAACAGCUUCCUCAGCUUCAUGUCAACAGUGGGCGACCCUCGUAAUGUUUUCUCUGUCUAUUUCCCUCUCUGGUUCCAUCUCAGUCAUAACGUUGGUACCAAGAUGAUAUGGGUGGCUGUUGUUGGAGACUGGACCAAUCUUAUUUUGAAGUGGAUUCUGUCUGGACAGAGACCUUAUUGGUGGGUUCAUGAAACCCACUUAUUCCAGAACAGCUCAAAGCCACAUUUGGACCAGUUUCACAUUACGUGUGAAACAGGGCCCGGUAGUCCAUCUGGUCACGCCAUGGGCUCAUCUUGUGUGUGGUACGUGAUUGUCACUUCUGCUCUAAACUUUGCCAGGUCCUCCUGCGUCUCCUCUGUCCGGAGCUUUCAAAGGUUUCAUCUCUUGAGGUCCAUUUUGUGGACGGCUUUCUGGGUCAUUCAGAUAAACGUUUGCAUUUCCAGAGUUUUCAUUGCAACACACUUCCCUCAUCAGGUUCUCCUCGGUCUAGUCAUUGGUAUGCUUGUUGCUGAGGCGUUUGACCAUAUUCCCUGCAUCUACAACGCAAGCUUGAAACUGUACCUCCAGGUCAAUGUCUUUCUUCUCUCGUUUGCUGUUUGCUUUUAUUUGUUCCUAAAGCUUCUGGACUUUGAUCCUUUGUGGUCGGUCACCAAAGCUAAGAUAUGGUGCGCAAACCCAGAUUGGAUCCACCUAGACACCACACCGUUUGCCGGACUGUGGAGAAACCUGGGAGCCUUGUUCGGUCUGGGACUUGCAGUGAACUCUGAGAUUUUCAUCCAGAGCUGUAAGGGGAAGAACGGCUGCAAAACUAUAUUUAAACUCAUGUGCAUGACUGCUAAUCUCACCUUUCUGCAGCUGUAUGACCUCAUCAAGAUGCCAAAUCACAGUGAGGCUCUAUUUUACAUACUGUCAUUUUGCAAAAGCGCUUCAGUUCUUUUUGGUGUUGUUGCUGUCAUACCCUACUGUGUUCAUUUACUAAUCAGAGAAGAGGAGAGAAAACUCAGAUUAUAAAAGGGAAGAGAUGUUGGCAGCAUUUUUUCUCAACACGUUUUGCUGUUAUUUGUAGUAAAUAAUGUCAGGUUGUCAUCAGACACACAGAAGCACUGAAACUGCAAUUUACUGUAUAUGGGAAAUAUUUCUGAGUUUAUCUCAUAAAUUUGUCUCAUUUGAUCCCAGUCACAAUGAGAAGCAUUACUGAAGUUCAGCUUUUUUUCUUUGUUCUCGGUAUUAUAUUUACAGUACUUUUUGAAUGGAAUUUACAAAGAUGUUAUGUACAACUCUACAACAUGAUGUGAUCACUUUAGAAGCAGAGACUUUGCCAACUUAUGGAUCUCUGUGUUUAAUUUAAAAGCAAGUUUCUAACUUUGAAAAGGCAAACUUUUUCUGCAUAUAUCAAAUAUUCUGAUCAGCAUGCGGAAGGGUGAUAAUCAGCAUACAUUUUGUUGUUGCAUAGUAAAAAUAUAAAUACAAUUUUACAAUUUCAACAUACCACUGGAACAUGGUACCACACUUUCACUUUUCCUUAACUCUCUGGGGGUUUUCUUAAUGUACCAAAUCAUUCACAUAAUUCUCUCUGUUUGCAUUGUAAAUGUUUGUGUGUACAUCCUGCUCAGGGUGCGUUACAUAAUCUAUUGUGGGUCUCUUAGCAGUUCCUCCGGGAAAAUUCAGAUAUUAAUCAUCGUAAAGGUAAUGAGGCAGAACAGAGUCUCUGAUGUAACCAGAUUACAUGGAUUAAUUAAACUCCUGAGCAGAGCCCCAUUUCAUCUUUUCUCACAGUCUGUGGUUGCUUAGCAUCACAUGUACUGUACCUGAGGUCUGCUGCUGAAUGAUGCAACUGCUUUAAGAGAGAAGGCUCUUUGCCAAAACAAGCUGGAAGGAAACUUUAGGUUUCUGGGUACUGAGAGGGCCACAACAGAGAACCACUCAGACGUCUGUGCAGUUUAUCCACAUCCAAAGCAGUGAUUUUAUUUAGAAAAAUCUCAUAUUUAGAGGAAAAUAUGUUUUAUUCAUAUGGUCACAUAUAACUCAACGUACGCUUUGUUUUAAAAUGCAAAAUAUAAUUUAGUUACUAACUAACACCAGUUUAUUUAAAUAGCGCUGGUUCAAAACAAUUGUCAUCUCAAGUCACUUAACAAAUAGCUCCAAUUUAUUUACAGAAAUAAAUCAAUUCAGUCCAGUCAUUUAGACAAUUUCAAUUACAUACUAUCCAGAAUCUAUCCUAAUUACAAUAUGUCAGGAUGUGAUGUUUUGGACUCGGUUUUGUGGUUUUGUUUACCUUUUUAAUUAGAUGUUCUUACUUGUGUUUUGUAUUUAUGUUAGUUAUGGUUUUUGUUUUGGGUUAUAUUCUGCCCCCCAGUUUGCUCUCCUAUUUCCCUUGGCGUUGCUUUCCUGUUUAUUUUCUUACAAUGGUUUCCAUCCUCUCCUUUUAUAGGUUAGCUCUAGUUAUUGUUUACUAAGGUUUCUUUUGUAGUCUGGGUUUCCUUAUGGUUUCUGUUUGCUAGUGCUUAGGUUGUUGUGUUCCCUCCAGUUUCUCAGUUUCCUUUAGUUCAUGUUAUUCUUGAUUCUUAUGUUUUAUUUAUUGUUUAUAGUUUUGUUUAGGUCUGUUCAGUAUCUUGUUAAUUACUUGCAUUAGGUUCACCUGUUCCCUCUG